GCGGAGCUGUCCGCUCAGCACCGCGGGCCGCGCUCGGCCCGGCCGGGACCAUGCGCCGGGAUCGGGGCCCGGAUCGGGGCCGGGGCCGGCGCGGGGCCGCGAGCGCAGCUGCAGGUGGCUGCAGGCCACAGCCUGGCCGGCAGGGUAUGGGGACAGCGUGGGGGCCCUGAGACCGCGUCUGGGGCCCCAAUGAGCCAUGACCGCGACGGUGCAGACGCUGCGGUUCCAGCUGCUGCCGCAAGACGCCAGCCCGGGCUGGGCACACAGCUGUGAGCAGGAGAUUGAGCGCCGGUACCAGGUGGUGCCCUCUGUCGUCUGCGCCAUGUGCUGCCUCUUCGGCAUCAUCUACUGCUUCUUUGGAUACCGGUGCUUUAAGGCAGUGAUGUUCCUGACGGGGCUGAUGUUUGGCUCCAUCGUCAUCUUCAUGCUGUGCUACAAGGAGCGGGUGCUGGACACACAGCUGAGCGUGGAGGCCUCGGUGGGCAUCGGGCUGGGCAUCGGCGUGCUGUGCGGGCUGGUCACCAUGCUGGUGCGCAGCGUGGGGCUCUUCAUGGUGGGGCUGCUGCUGGGGCUGCUGCUGGCCGUGGCCGGGCUGGUGGCCAUGGAGCAGUUCUACCACCCACCCACGGUGUGGGUGCCACUGGGGCUGCUGCUGGGCGGGGGCCUGCUGUGCGCCGUGCUCACGCUGCAGUGGCAGCGCCUCUUCACCACACUCUCCACUGCCGUCUUCGGCAGCGCCGUCAUGACCGUCACAGCCGACUACUUCCUCGAGCUCUUCCUGCUGGUGCAGUACGUCUACGAGCGCGUCAAAGCGGCACCCGCCCGCCCCGUCUGCUGGUACAGCUGGGUCGUGCUGGGCCUCUGGCCGCUGCUGGCCGUGCUGGGCGUCCUGGUGCAGUGGAAGGUCACGGCCGAGGGCUACUCGCACACCGAAGUGAUCAUCAGCCGGCAGCAGCGCCGGGUGCAGCUGAUGCGGAUCAAGCAGCGGGAAGAGCGGAAGGAGAAGAAGAAGAAGCGGAGGCUGCACCCGCCGGCCCCCCACCCGCACCCCCACCCGCACCCGCACAAGGCUCACCCACCUGAGCCCGCCUACCGCCGCAAGCCCAACCCUGUGCGCCGCUUUGACGGGGACGUCCUCUCCCCGAGCUACAUCCAGAGUUUCCGGGACCGGCAGACAGGGACAUCACUGAACAGCCUCAUUGCCUCGCAUGCCGUGGUCGACCUGGACUAUGACUGUGGCUCUACCGUGCCCCUGACCACAGGCGCGGGGCCGGCCGUGCGCGUAUAGCCCCCCAGCCACUGCAGGACACCAGCACGGGGCCCAGGGCUGCAGGGAGCAGCGGGAAAGGGGCUGCCCCACAUCCGCCCGGGGCCUGGAGGCCAAACGGUGGAUCCACCCCCUGGGCUGUAGGAGAGGGGGGUUCUGCACAGUGCCCCCAGGAUAAGAGCAGUGGAGGGAAGGAAAGGGUUAACCUUCCCUGCCAGUAAGGACUCAGCUGGGGGGGGGCGGGGCAGAGGCCUGGAGCACAGUGAGACCGCCCCCUCCAUGCACCCCUGCCCCCAGGCCCAAGCUGCCCCCCCAGCCAGGCCGGGCACCCCGGGGGGGUCCAUACUCCAAGUGUGGCCCCCGGACUGUGCCACUCGCUCCCACCGCCUGCCCCAGGCAGCCACGACCCCCCACUCCCUGGCAAGGGUCCAAUUUGGGAUCCCGCACCCUCGUUGGGGUCCAGCUGCAAGCGCUGGUGAGGCUGUCUCCUUCCCCACUUGGCAGCUGCCAGGGCCCCAGGGGAUGGGGGUGGGGGCCACGGCGCUCUUGUCCUGUCUUUGACCCCUGACUUGGGCUCGGGCAGCCGCCCUACCAGGCCCUGGCGCCUGCACCGCAAUGGACACGGCUGCUGCUUGCUGCUGGCAUUGGCAUGGGCAGCAGGGGGGCACUGGCACCAGGGCAGGGCGUCCAGGUGCAGGACACGGGGCCUUUCCCAUGGGACGCCGGCUCCCCUGGGCCCAAGCCAAGUCGGGGAUGGGGGCCGCUCUCCUCCGGGCCCUGGACGCACCAGUUUGCUGUUUUGCUGGCAACUGUAUUUGUAGCGGGGGCGGGGACCGGACCCGUGGGCAGGCAGCAUGGGGCCGGUCCCGGGGCCCCAGGGGCUGCAGGUCUGCCCAGGUGCCCCCACGUCCCUGCGCGGCUCUGGCCUUGUACAUACGCAUCUCGCUGUGAUUUGUCUUUGCUCCUGGGGAUACCCCUGCCCACCCCCACAUCCCCCAGCUGCGGAGGGACAGGCCCUGGGAAGUGGGGUGGGGUGGGGAGGGGGCCUGCAUGCCCCCCACACCAGCACUACCACCCCGGCCUGUGCUGCGCCCCGCUGCGCCGUCGCCCUUGGGGGUCCCACCCGCACACAGCAUGGCAGCCCCCGGACGCUGCAUGUUUCUACCCCAGCGCCGGCCCCGGCACCUCGGCAGGGCCCCCCCCCCCCCCCCCCAAUGCGCGUUCUCAGUCUUUUUGUAAAUGUGCCAAACGCUGCUGGCUGCGGCCGCGCAGUAAAGAGCCUUUCGGA